AUCAGGUUCUGUCAUCGGUCCUAUGUCAUCUGUGGCUACUAUUUCACCCAACUGAUAACCUUGCUGGCUACUGUGGGCUAUGUGCUUUAUGAUUUAGUCGUAGCUAUUCUAGAAAGGCGUCUUUUAGUUCUUGGUGUACUAUUAAUGACUUGUUAUCUUACUUCUAGCUAAACUGACUAUAGCUAGCUAAGUAAUGGUGCUGCUGGUAGAAUACAAGUUAUCUCUCCGGUAGGAACGCUAGAGAGUUAAGGACAGACAUUUCUAAAGCAUGUUCAGACACUGACUAUUAGAAAUAGAUGGACGCAUUAGUGAAACUUUUUAAUUGGCUUUGUUGUAUAAAAAGUAAUGCUGACCCCGAACCUUCUCAUUAUGGCAGCAUUAAUUCAGAAAGUGAUCCAUAUCAACAAAAUAUCCAGACUGUACGCAUUGCAGCGUUUAACGUACAACGCUUUGGUGCAAAAAAGUUUAAUGAUAAAUAUGCAAUUGAUAUAUUACAUAAGAUAAUUUCUCGUUAUGAUCUCAUUUUGCUACAAGAAGUACAAGAUGGGAAUUUAAAGAAGAUCCCUUCUUUUAUCAAUGCUCUUAACAAAAUUUCAGGCCGUUCCUACAAACAUGUUGUUAGUGAUUAUCUUGGAAGAAAAACUUAUAAAGAACAAUAUCUCUAUAUAUACAGGGAAGACAUUUUUGAAAUAUCUGAUUCGUUUCAUUACGAUGAUGGACCUGAAGAACUGGGAACAGAUACAUUCCAACGUGAGCCGUUUGUUGUGCUGGUAAAGGGAAUAAAAACAGCAGUGAAACAAUUCGCCAUCAUUGGGGCUCACUUACAGCCUAAGUUUGUAGAAGAAGAAUUAAAUGAACUGGUGAAUGUCUACAACACAGUGGUGAAAAAAUGGGGAGUUGAUGACGUUUUGAUCAUGGGAGAUUUUAAUGCAGGGGGAAGCCAUAUCUCAAAAAAGAAAUUAGCGACUGUUGAUUUGAAAACAGAUCCCAAAUUUUCUUGGUUGAUUGAAAAUGAAGACACAACAGUUGGAAAGAAUACUUACACCUAUGACAGAAUAAUUGCAUCCGGUGAAAUGUUAUUAAAGCAUAUACCAAGGCAUAGUGCAAAAGUUUUUAGAUUUGAUGAAGAAUUUGAUAUCGAAGAGCCAUUACGAAUUAGCGACCACUAUCCUGUAGAGAUUAUAAUUGAAAAAGCGCCAAAAGAUGAACUGUAAGCUGUAUGCUAUGUAGCUAAUUUUUCAAGAACAUAGACGUUGUUUGUUAAUAAAUCAGAAGCGCUCAACAGACAAAACUUACACAAGUAGUUGAGUCGACAUAAAGAAAUAUUUCACGAAGAUAUGUGAAGCUACAUGGUCUCUAGAAUAACCGAAAUUCAACCUCCACUUUUUGCACAUACAACAACACGAUUGCACAUUACGUCAUACCCUUUAACAUUACGUCAUGCAGAGUGAAUACUUAUUUAUUUUUGAAUACUCAUAACGAAAAGUCACCUUAAUGUACUGGCACUGUUAUCAAUGUGAGUCUUUUGUUCUCCCAUGUGUACAUUAGAUAUACAUUGGCAUUGGCCACCCCGUUUCCUUCACGUGGUAUGGGUUGGUCCGUAGCUGCGAUAAUGGCACUUGUUAAACAAGACCGCUCUGGACUGAAGCUCGGAACUGGUGAUUGCGAAGUGAACCCUGUAAACGCUCGGCCACGCUUUGCUGUUUUUGGAGCAACAAUCAAGUAUGCUUUUUAGUUUAUAUGGGGGACAUAUUCGCGAAUCUUUAAAAUUCGCGAAAUUUGCGACAUAAACUUUCGCGACGUGGCAAAUCGAAAAUAUUUUUGAGAGAGCAACUUCGGCAAAACUUAGAAUCUGUUUUUAAAGCUGGAGAUGUUUUUAAAACUAGACUUUGCGAAAAGAAUUUUUUUUAAAAAAAAAUAUGUAGCCAAAUUUUCGCGAAGAAGCACAAAAUUCGCAAAACUUUUUCUUGUGUAAGAUGUUUUGGCUAAUGUGCAUACACGAACAUGAAAUAAAAAUGUAGUGUGAUUUUUUUUAAAAGAAACAACUGAAAAUUUAUAUUAAAUAUCUGGGAUCUCCGUUAUACUUUUUUUGAUAAGAAACUGGCGAAGGCUCUUACUUCGAAAGUUUCUUAACAGCUUUCCAAUUUUCUAAUUUAUACAUGCUGCAAUUUGCAUAGUCUCGCAAAAAGGACUUGCGGUCUUUUAAUUAUAUGUGCAUGUUGUAUAUUACUGCUUCUCUGUAAUAAUAAUAAUAAUACCCC